AUGGCCAACUCCGAUAUACGAGAAGAUCUAUUCAAAGAUGACACUGCGAAACGAAUUGUCAUCAAAGUCAAGACCAAAACUUUGAAUCCCUCAAGCUACCUUACUUCGGCAAAGAAUAUAGUCAACGAGAUUUUCCCUCGCUGGGAAAGCGACCAUCGAAUACUUUUCCUCGUCAUUGAUGUGUGGAGUGAGCGCACCUUUAUGGUGAUUGAUAUCAACAACCGCAACUACGACUUUCGCACGGCACACAACAAUACGAUGAUGUUCCCAGUUUAUGUCCUUCGACAGCAUGGAAGACGGCAGACCUGGGUAUUGAUCCGCUGGCAUCAACUGGAUGAACGUAUGAGUCUACAGCUAGCCGAUCUCCAUAGAGUCAAUGGUUAUGAAGCUACCUUGCCUUUUCUGGAAGACCAUAACUCACGCAUCGUCCACGCAAACCCGCGCGACCUUCAAUAA